AUGUCGGAAGAACAAUCCGUUAGCCGUACGGUGAAAUAUCCCUACACCUACACGCAGAAGAUAGUUCAGUUCCCGUACAAGCACUACUACAAGAAUCAAUGGAUCUGGCGGUUCUACUUCAUCUCGUUCGGACUGUCGCUGCCACUGUUCUACAAGCUCCACUCGCUGGCCAACGUGCCCGCUAACAAGGAAAAAUGGGCCGAAUCGAAACGGAAGCAGCUGCAGCCCGAUCACCACUAAGGAAGUUGGCGUAGUAAAAUUCCUUUCCCAGACGCGCACCCCGUAAUCUUUCCAACCCUGAUGGUGGCUUGUGUGUGUGUGCCUGUGUGUGUGUGUAAUGAAUGUGUGCUGUAUGGUGCUGCGAGCGCGUGUGAAAUCGGGGGACGGCAUUCAACGAAAACAUCAAAAAUGCAUACACUGCACUAAAGGCGAACAGCGAAGGAGACGACACAGAAAGAAGAAAAAACAUGCACUGUCUAACACAAACACACACACACACACACACGCAAAUACACACAGAGAGAGGCACACGUUCACAGGCGUAAGAAAAAUAUGCUGCUUUCAACACAUGCUGCUUAUGCUGCACCAGGGGGCGGAAGGCGAGGAAGUUUUCAGCGCUUGCAUUAAAAGAACCCGGCAGUAGAAUCACUAAAUAAAUCACAAAAUCACUGCACACACAACAGUGGACACAGUUUUUCACCUUCGAACUUCAGUCACGAUCCCGCUGAUGCCAGACACGACAUCGGGAGAUGAUGCACGGCACGGCACGGCACGGCAGGAGAGCGACGACCACAAUGUUUUAUGCGCUGUGGUGGAUUGCUAAUGCUAGAGCCAUCCAAAAAACACACACCUCAAGAUGCUGCAUCUGCUUAGAUUCACGCGCACACCCAUACACCCACAUUCGCAUGUACACAUUGCAGGAGCAAGGGAGAGAGUGAAAGAAAGAGAGCGAGAGCGAGAACGAUGUAUGAAGGGAUCUUCGAACUUAAGCUGUCUUUACACGGCGCUCGUGAUCGUGACAGUUAAAUUUUGAAUUUAGCUGUUUUUUGAAUUUUCGUUUCUUUCGUUUGUCUACGGUGAACGCAUAUGCAGAUGAAUGCAGAAAGAAACUAAUGAAACUAUUCAUAUCGAGGGGUUGCUCUUUGGCAAUACGAAACUAUACUUUGCGUAUGAAAAUUACAGUUUCGCUCUCCAACGGAUAAUCUGCUUUGGUGUUUGACGUACCGGUGGAUACCCAAGUAACAGUUUUGGCACAUUGACAGGUAUGCUUGCAAUUGAAUCAGAUCAACUGCCUGAAGGGUUACAAAAUCACAGCAAAACAUUGCGUAAAUCAAUUUUAUAAAACUGGGUGUACUUAAAUUUUCAUAUGAAAAGGAUUGGUUUACCUUAAAGGUAAUAAUUUCGGAUUAAAGAAAAAAAAGCAAACAAUAUCGUUCGACGGUUUUGUUUUAUCAUAAACUGGUUAAAAACGUUCAACAUCCAAUAUAUUAUGCAUUCAAGAUUUGAAAAUUGCUUAACGACAUCUAAUAAACCUUUCCAUUACCUAAUACAAGAGUAACCGUAAUAAAUACACAUCAAAAAGUGGUGCACAAUGAUGAAUGAUCA